AUGAAAUGCUAUUACUGCGAGGUGAAGGAAAUAAAAAUGCUUGGGUCGAUCGACAAGGCAUAGUACUGCGGCCUACUGUCCAGCAAACUAUCACAGGGGAAUAUCGCAUAUGCAGAGCUAGCCAAGAUGACGACAUCACUCACCGACAAGCAAACUCUUGAAAAGUUUCUCAAACUUGACCAGCCAGAUGACCGGGUCAUGGCAGAAUACUUAUGGAUAGACGGCACAGGGGAGGGCAUCCGGUCAAAGUGCCGGACACUGGACUACGAACCCAAAUCUCCCAAAGACUGCCCAGAGUGGAACUUCGAUGGGUCCAGCACGUAUCAGGCUGAGGGGUCCAACUCCGACAUGUACCUCACGCCGGUGGCGUUGUUCAGAGACCCCUUCCGUCGCGGCAAGAACAAAUUGGUGCUGUGUGAAGUCUACAAAUACAACAAAAAGCCAGCAGAAACCAACCGUCGCAUGACGUGUAACCAGGCGAUGGAGAGGGCGCUACAGGAUUACCCCUGGUUCGGUAUUGAGCAGGAAUACACUCUGCUAGACUAUGAUGGCCACCCAUUUGGUUGGCCUAAGAACGGCUUCCCUGGUCCCCAAGGUCCCUACUACUGUGGUGUCGGAGCCAACAAGGUGUACGGCCGUGACGUAGUUGAGGCUCACUACAGGGCGUGUCUGUAUGCAGGAGUCAAGAUUGCCGGAUGUAACGCGGAGGUUAUGCCUGGACAGUGGGAGUUCCAAGUGGGGCCCUGUGAGGGUAUAUCCAUGGGAGACCACCUAUGGGUAGGCAGGUACCUCCUCCACAGAGUCGCAGAAGAGUUUGGGGUUGUUGUUACCCUUGAUCCGAAACCCAUGGAGGGCGACUGGAACGGCGCUGGCGCUCACACCAACUACAGCACCCUGUCCAUGAGAAACAAAGGCGGCCUCAAGGUUAUUGAAGAAGCCAUCGAGAAACUAUCCAAACACCACGUACGGCAUAUCAAAGCAUACGAUCCACGUGAAGGCAAGGACAACGAGAGACGUCUCACGGGACACCACGAGACUUCAUCCAUUCACGACUUCUCGGCAGGUGUCGCUAACCGCGGAGCUAGUAUCCGUAUUCCCCGCCAGGUGGCUGAAGAUGGCUACGGUUACCUCGAAGACAGACGCCCAUCAUCCAACUGCGACCCCUACUCCGUCACUGAGGUCAUAGUGAGAACGACAAUACUCAAUGAAUAAGACGAUAGGAUAUAUUGGGCGGAAAUCUCAACAUGUGACGACGUUUUGCUAGACAUUAUUUCUUCAUUAACACCUUACAUCACUGCAUGGACGCAUUUCGGCCUGGUUCCCCGACCCGGAAGUUGAUGGACAGGGGGACCCUACAUCGAAAUCUCAACCAAUGACCUUAUUCAAUGUUGCGACUGUGAUAUUACAUUUGUAAAACGAGAUGCCAUGCAUCUUUGUAUGUGAAAGGAAAAUUAUUUUCAAAUUUGGAAAGACAUUCCUGACUUGUCGAAACGCAUCAACGUGCAACCUUGGAUAUUUUUUUUAUUUAAAAAAUAUUUUUAUUAACUCAAAUGAAUCUGCAGUAAGGUUACUAACGUUCGCAGAUAAUCAGAUACGACAGUAACAUAUAUUACUUUGUAUAUAGUUCACAAAAUACAUGCAUUGUUUUAGACUAACUUUGCCUUAGUUCUGAAACGUGUAGGUUUUGACUUGAGCUCUCGAGGACACAGUAGACAAGUCGGUAGUACGUGUAUGUCAAACCGUGUAUUGUACGAUGUUUUGUUACAAAGCAUCUAUGUUGUCAAAUAAAUGUAUAUAUGUU